AGACUUGUACCAUGUGACCUCUGUGAUCAUUCACAGAUUUCACACGUAGUAAGCAAUGAUGUCACAAGUGACAUCUUGCUUACUACUUUGCAUGUCAUCACUGAUUGGCCAAUCAGUGAUCACAUAAUCGAGACCUUGUACAGACGUCCCGUCCAACGAUCAAUGUUUCAUUGUGUCUGGAGGACACAGCGGGCACUGGAUCGUGGUGCUGCGCGCUCCCAGGGAGCACGCACAGCUAGAAAUGGUGGGUUCCGUUUAUGAACGGCAACCCGCCCCUGGAACGGCCACCCGACCCAGCAGUGCCACCGUCCGGCCGUUUAUAUACAA